UCCUCCUGGUUUACGAUUCAUAGCAGAAAUGGUGAAUCUUUGUUAAUUUUCAUAAUAUUUUUUAAGGUUGAAAAUCUUGAUCGCCUCAAUAUAAUUCAUGUAAGCGGUACAAAAGGCAAAGGAUCGACAUGUGCUUUUGUUGAAAUAAUUUUAAGGAGACUUGGUUAUAAGACUGGUUUCUACAGUUCUCCUCACCUAAUGAAUGUCCGAGAGCGUAUACGAAUUAACGGCACUCCUAUUUCCGAAUCUACUUUUGCUCAGUGUUUUUUGAAAAUUUAUGGGCUUCUUCAAAAGUUGGAACAUCCUAAUGAGCUGUUCAAGCGGCAAAACGAAAUGCCCAUAUAUUUUUCUUUGCUAACAAUAAUGGCAUUUCAUAUUUUUAUGAAAGAAAAUGUGGAUGUGGCUAUAAUAGAAGUUGGAAUUGGUGGCGAGUAUGAUUGUACUAAUGUCAUAUUAAAUCCUGUAGUUUGUGGAAUAACCAGACUGGAUUUGGACCAUACUUCUAUUCUGGGCAAUACGAUUGAAUCGAUCGCUUGGCAUAAAGCUGGAAUAUUUAAGCCGUUUUCUUUUUGUACUUUUCGCCUUGCUCCUCGUUUUGAACAAUAUCACUGGCCUUCUGAUUUUAUUGAAAUGGGCAUUGCUGGUGAAUAUCAGCGUUCGAAUGUUUCACUAGCGAUGCAACUCGCAGUGUUGUGGCUAAAACGAACAAAAAACAUUGAAAAUAUGCCUGCAUUGUCUGGACAUCUAGAAUCGUACUCAUUGGACGAAUUAACUUUGCCCGGAUUUUCUGUUCCAGUCAAUUUCCUAGAUGCAUUGCGAUCGUGUAAAUGGCCAGGAAGGAGUCAGAUUUUACGAAAAGGUUCUGUAGUCUAUUGCUUAGAUGGAGCGCAUACUUUGAAAAGUAUGGAGAGCUGCGUAUCAUGGUUUCUAUUCGAACGAAAAUCGUCUAAGCGAAUUUCGACUUUUCGUCCUUAUCGAAUUCUUUUAUUUCACUGCACAGGAGAGCGAAAUCCUGCGGUUCUUUUACGUCGUUUAUCGGUGAUUUUUUAA